CCGUGGCGCCCGGAGUGACGUGAGAGAGAGAUCUCGGGCGGUCCUACCGGGAGGCCGUGAGUCAGUCAAGGGGCAGCCGAGGCUGACGUGCCGGGGGCUUUGCGUGUGUGGCAUCUGUGUGUCGGUAAGGGAGUGGUCACCGUGAGGGCUCGGGCCUGUGAGAGGCCGUACAGCCGCCGCUGCUGGUAGAGGGGCCUCUCCGGUCGGGAGGAAGGCGGAGGUGGCGUCUCUUUUCUGGCGUUUUGCCUCAGCAGCUCCGGGAGCUGCCGGCGGUCUUCGGCCGGCCCCGCUUCCCUCCCUUACGGUUUAUCCUAUCGUAACCGGGAGGUCGCGGGGUCCCGCCGUUUCUCCGCUGCCCCUUUCUCCGCCUGCGGCCCAGCCAUGUCGGGGCUGCUGGGCAAGCUGUUCGGGACGGGCGGGAAGGGCGGCGGCAAGGGGCCUUCCCCCCAAGAGGCCAUCCAGCGGCUUCGCGACACGGAGGAGAUGCUGAGCAAGAAGCAGGAGUUCCUGGAGAAGAAGAUCGAGCAGGAGCUGGGGGCGGCCCGCAAACACGGCACCAAGAACAAGCGCGCUGCACUUCAAGCCCUAAAACGAAAGAAGAGGUAUGAGAAGCAGCUUGCACAAAUAGAUGGCACAUUAUCAACAAUUGAAUUCCAGAGGGAAGCCCUGGAAAAUGCCAACACCAACACUGAAGUGCUCAAGAAUAUGGGAUUUGCUGCCAAAGCAAUGAAAGCUGCUCAUGACAACAUGGAUAUUGACAAAGUAGAUGAGCUAAUGCAAGACAUUGCAGAACAGCAGGAGUUAGCAGAAGAAAUUUCAACAGCUAUCUCCAAGCCUGUGGGAAUCGGUGAAGAAUUUGAUGAGGAUGAACUGAUGGCUGAACUAGAGGAACUCGAACAGGAAGAAUUGGAUAAAAACUUGCUGGAGAUUAGUGGUCCUGAAACAGUUCCACUUCCCAAUGUGCCCUCAAUAUCUAUACCUUCAAAACCAGCUAAGAAGAAAGAAGAAGAAGAGGAUGAUGACAUGAAAGAGCUAGAAGCCUGGGCUGAAAACAUAUAACUACACCAGCUGCCCAGCUGGAGAAACAAUUGAGACUCUGCUCACCUGUUGCUACAGGUGCAUGUAUGGGUGGGAGACAUCAUUAAGCGCAGCGCCUUUGUUUCUUUAAUCCCAUAGCUGUGGGAAUUGCAUUCUGCAUAGCAUGGUCUGAGCAAGGGAAACAAAGUUUCCAAAGAAAGUUGCCUGCAGUUUAGGGUGUUGACUUACUUUAAAUAAUAAACCUUACUGGCAAAAUUCCAACAUUCAGCUUCUGGACUACGCUAAUGCCACUGCUGGAUCACCACCUUUCAGAAUUCUGACCCUGCUGAAUCUGACUCGGGAUACGAAGCCUGUAACUUAAAUUGAUGGAAAUGCUUUUAAAAGUCUUGUAAAGUACGGUAUUUCAAAAGGAAAAGUCAUAAGCCGUUAUUGGCUUAUUAUGCUUAGAUGUACAAAUGCAUCACAUAGGCUUUUAGUUCUUUAAAGUCUCUAUUUAUAUCCAUUGGUGGCAUUGACGCUCUUCUCUCCGCAUUACACUCACUUGGUCGCUGUUCCCAGUUGGAUUUGGUGAGGUGGAUUUGGAAUGUUGAAGUAAUUCUAUGAUGGAAGUAGGUGAAAUUGACACUAGCUGUACAUUUUUCUACAUAGCACCUGGAAUGUUGAUUGCUAUCUGUGAUGUCCAAUUCCCAUUCAGACACAAACAUACAUUUAUUUUAAAUAAGGAUCUAUGGUUUGCACUGUAUUAAAUACCUUGAUUGAUUUUCA